AUGGACCCCUUGACAGACAGUCCACGUGUGCGGUCAGACAGCAUGAGCAGUUCAGCAUCUCAGGGCUCGAGGUCCAAGAUGCUCCUCCGUCAGCGUUUGUCCCAGCUGCUGACCUGCAUAGAGGACAUGAGCUCUGACGAUGAGGCCAGUGAAGAAGUGUCCCGCACGCUGGAUGAAGCGUUUCAGCUCUGCGGACGCUACAUCCCCACAGAUGCCUUCAGGCUGCACAUGGUGACCUGGAAUGUGGCCACAGCAGAGCCUCCUGAAGACGUUACCUCUUUGCUGCAACUAGAUGUCCAGCCCCCCACAGAUCUCUACGUGAUUGGCCUGCAGGAGGUGAAUGCCACGCCUGUGAGGUUCAUCUCAGACCUGUUAGUGGAGGACUCCUGGAGCCACGUCUUCAUGGACACACUGGCACCCAGAGGAUUCGUCAAGGUCACAUCAGUGAGGAUGCAGGGUUUGCUGCUGCUGGUUUUUGCCAAACAAAUUCACCUCCCCUACAUCAGAAACAUCCAGACCACCUACACUCGUACCGGCAUCUUCGGCUACUGGGGUAAUAAAGGAGGAGUGACAGUGCGUUUUUCCUUCUACGGCCACAUGGUGUGCUUCCUCAACUGUCACCUAGCAGCUCACAUGAACUACGCCCUGCAGCGUGUUGAUGAGUUUGAGCACAUCCUGGAGGUGCAAGACUUUGACAUCGACGACACCCCACACAUUCGGGACCACAAGGUGGUGUUCUGGUUCGGUGACCUGAACUUCCGUAUUGCAGACCAUGGUUUGCAUUUCCUCCGCUCAUCCAUAAACAGUGGACGCCUUAAUUUGCUGUGGGACAGAGACCAGCUCAUCAUGAUGAAGAGGAAGGAACCGUUCCUGCAGGAAUUUGAGGAAGGGCCAUUGAAUUUUAAACCCACCUACAAGUUUGACCGUAACUCUGACACCUAUGAUACCAGCUCUCCGAAGACAUGGUUUGGUUUUAAUGGCAAGAAAAGGAAACCGGCCUGGACAGAUCGGAUCCUCUGGCGCAUCAAACCCAAAACCCCGCCACCCGAGGAUGAUGAUGAGAGAGCAUCGACUUCUACUGAUGAUGGACAAGAUGAGUAUCCAAUUCUGGUCACCCAGGAUAAAUACACCAGUGACAUGAGCUAUGGAGUCAGUGACCACAAGCCUGUCAUUGCAACCUUCAGUCUGGAGCUGAGGAAGUGCUUUGACACACCACUGGUGCACAUCUCUCCUGUAGGUGUGUGGAGCGCCGACCAGGAUGCACUUCUCAACUACACCGUCCAAGAGGACUUCAUGUCCUCCACGUGGGACUGGAUUGGCCUGUACAAGGUGGGAUUCAAGAGUGCAUCCGACUAUGAAACCUUCGUUUGGGUUAGAGAGGAUGAGCUGCCAGAGACAAAUGAAGUCAUACAGAUAUCUGUGGAUAAGGAUGAGAUCCCUCUGCUAGGUGGACAGUAUCUUUUGGGUUACUACAGUACAAACAUGCAAAGCAUCCUCGGCUUCAGCGCUGUAUUCCAGAUCCUGGAGUCAAAGCGUGCAGUUAUGGAAGGCCUCGUUCCUGAGGACAUCAACGGGCUCAACAAAUGAGAGCAGUUUCCCUGCAGUGCCACAUUGGGUUCCUCUCCCCUGCAAAUUCCCACAGAACUGAUUCAGACUUUCAAAGGCCCCAAGAUCAACUCCAUCAUCUACUGGAUAAACUGACUCAGUCAUUAAAUAAUGGCCACCACACUGUCUCAGCACAAGGA